AUCGCACCCAGAAACUUCUGUCAGGUGGGUGGUCCCCGAGGCCGUGGAGGUUGGUGGCUGUUGAGCGGUUCUCGUGGUAAAGUCCUUGAGCGGAACACCUCUGUCGGAAGAGAAAAUGAGUUUAGCUCUGAGAGGUGAGCUUGUAGUAGACAAAACAAAAAGGAAAAAACGAAGAGAACUCUCUGAAGAACAGAAGCAAGAAAUUAAAGAUGCUUUUGAACUGUUUGAUACCGACAAAGACCAAGCCAUAGAUUAUCAUGAAUUAAAGGUGGCAAUGAGAGCCUUGGGUUUUGAUGUGAAAAAGGCGGAUGUAUUGAAGAUUCUUAAAGAUUAUGACAGAGAAGCCACAGGCAAGAUCACAUUUGAAGAUUUUAAUGAAGUUGUGACAGACUGGAUACUAGAAAGAGAUCCACACGAGGAGAUCCUGAAAGCAUUUAAACUAUUUGAUGAUGAUGAUUCAGGAAAGAUAAGCUUGAGAAACUUGCGCCGUGUUGCCCGAGAGCUGGGUGAGAAUAUGAGCGAUGAGGAGCUCCGGGCCAUGAUCGAGGAGUUUGAUAAGGACGGCGAUGGGGAGAUAAAUCAAGAGGAAUUCAUUGCUAUUAUGACUGGUGACAUAUAAAGAAUUACAAGACUGAACACCAAAAUGUUGUGGUUACCAUCUCUCUUCUCUUUGUGUGCCUGGAGUCCUGUUUAAGAAAACAAAACAAAACAAUCCAACCUAGUUCUUUUUCUGAAAGGAACAAACCAAGCAUCCUUUGUAUGUAUAUUUCAAUACUGUUAAGUUUAUGUCAUCAAUGUAGUAGUUGACUUCACAUUUAUAAUACAUGUUUAUAUAAAGCUUUAAAACAUCAAAUCAUGUGGUGUAUAUUAUUUGGAGGCUUCUAAAUUUAUCAUUAGCUAAUUGCUUUUAUUUUCAUGCACAGUUUUUAGAUAUUCAUUAAUAAAAUACUUAUUUUAU